GGCACGCGCGCCGCGUCUUUCGUUACAACGCUGCCGUAUUGUCCUGUUCUCGUGUGUUUACAAUACCACGCGGAUCGAAUUGUGAAAGUGUCGUAUACAUUUCUCAUAAGUGAGAGUAAACUGAGCGCGGCCAGACUACUAAGUCUAAACAGCGGUGUGAAAUCUUCUCGCAUUCCUAAGAGUGGGUUCAAUGGAAGCCAGGUUCGUAACCUGCCGGAGUUUCCAGCAAAUCAAGCCGCCCGAAAAGAGUUUAGCCCCGCCGCCCACCGUCAAGGGGCUGCUAUCUCGUUUCGGGAGUCAGGCUCAAGCGUUAUUUGCACCGAAGAAACAGAAGUUUGGUUCAUCUGUAGCCAUCCAUAAGCUAAGGGAAACCAAGUGGUUCAAACAUGAAGAGCAGAAUAUAUUGUGUGCGGUUCUCGAGUCAGGAUUCGUGUUGGAAGUACGAGCGGAAGACCCUCUGCCGCCAGAAUCUGUGGUCUCCGCUGACUACCAUAUGUACGCCAUUGCCAUGUGGAAGAAGGGUAAAGAAAAAACAAAGAACCCGGAACAGAUAGAGGUGUACACCGUCCAACAGAAGGGCGUAAGGAAACGUAUUAUCAAGACUACUCUGAGUAACUUCUGGAAGAAGGACUCCGUGAUAAGAAUCAACAACGUUGAUGACAAACAGGAGACCCCCAACAGUGAGAAGGACAUAAGAGCCAAGCUUGACAUGGCUACCAAGUCCAGGUUCGAGAGGAAUUGGCAUAACACACUGCACUUCGUCCACUGGUGCCGAUAUGGUGAAACGCCGCAAGAAGCUCGAAUGCGACAGAUCAGCUUAACCACGUCGAAAACACCUAUGAUUAUCAUAUUUUGAUGGUAAUCGUUGAGGCGCUUUGGACAAACAGCUGGCGACAUUUUAUCGAUUAGCGAGUCACUGAAAUGGGGUAACAUCGGAAUGAAUAUGGGCGUGAUGCUCGUCAGCCAGAACAACGCGCGUCCAAAAGCAAAGUCCGUCUGAUCAUCACAGGCCGGCAACGCCGGCACUUGUUACGCUUGCUUCUGGCAACCCUCCGCCGGGGAAAUAGACUUUGUUUAAAUUUCACGUUCUAUAUUCAAACAUGACAAUUGACGGUUCGAGGGUUGCAACAUAAGUACAACUUUUACCGGAAUCUCUCGCGUAAUGUUGCUUGAAUGAAGUCCAAAUGUGGAUGUAUCAGUUUAUUCAGAUCUAAAUUUAAGUUGUAUUAUUUUGCUCAAGUAUUGUUAUAACAACAUGGGUUUUUACCCAAUUUUAACAGCUAAACAUUCCUGAAAUUAGUCGUGUCCACGGCACAUUAGGCAUGUAAACUUAAUGAUUAUGAUAUUGUAGAUUAUCUAAGACACUUGAAAUGUUAGUAGGAUUUAAAUUAUAUUAUCAUGUUAAAGACUGUGGUUUAUCUGUGAAAAUGAUUAUAUCCGAACUGAAAGAAGCGGCUUACAGCUUAAAAUUUUUUCAAUACAUGAAGUCGCUUAUUGUCUAGUAUUCGGUAAGAGUAUUGUUAAGUAUUUCUACGUAAUAAUGUAUGAGAACGGCUGUUAUUGAGUUUUGUACUCGAUUGUUUGAUGAGCUAUUUAUAUUAAAGCAUUUUAUAAACAAAAUAGUUAAA